AUGGGGAGCGAGGGUAUGAAUGGUGUAAGGGUUGUGUGUGUUACAGGAGGAGGGGGUUACAUUGGAUCAUGGCUUGUCAAGAAUCUUCUUCAGGGUGGUUAUACAGUACACGCCACUCUCAGAGACCCAGGAGAUAGGACGAAAUGUGGGCCUUUGAUGGCUCUGGCAGGGGCUCAAGAGAGGCUUAAGCUCUUCCAAGCGGAUCUCUUAGAAGAGGGCAGCUUCGAUUCUGCAGUGGAGGGCUGUCAAGGAGUUUUUCAUGUAGCGGGUCCCAUGGGUGCUCAAGAAAACACUCUGGUAAUUACUGAUUUAUUUAUUUCAAACCAUAAGUUGGGAUACUCCUGCCCGCUGGAUGAGAAGGGAGAAUUGUGCUCUUCAUUCCGUGAUGAAUCAUGUUGGAGCCCUCUAAAUUUCCUCAAAUCUCAAACAAAUAGACUGGCAUGGUAUAUGGCUGCCAAGACUUUAGCAGAACAAGAGGCUCUUAAAUAUGGUGCUCAUAACAAGCUUGACCUGGUGACCAUCCUACCGCCUACUGUCGUUGGGCCUUGGCUUACAAGUACGCCUGCUUUUACGUCUUCCCAAACAAUACUAGCCCUAAUUGGAGAAAAUGAUAUGUAUUAUAAAGCCUUUAAGUUUGCUCAAUUCCUUACGGGAUCUAUAGGCAUAGUUCAUAUUGAUGACAUCUGUAAUGCCCACAUAUUUUUGAUGGAGCAUCCUACUGCACAAGGCCGCCAUAUUUGCUGCACUGAUUCUAGGAGCCUUAACUCUCUCAAAAAGUGUGUCGCUAAACAAUUAAAUCUUUCCCUCAAGUUUGAUGAAGAAGACUCGGUCACACAAUAUGUAUCAGUUUCUUCAAAGAAAUUGUUGGACAUGGGCUUCACAUACAAAUAUGAUUUGGAAGAAGCUUUUAAAGAGACCAUAGAUUGUGCCAUUCAAAAAGGAAUUUUGAAGUUGUAA